UACAGCCUAACCCGUGAGAGAGGUAAACAGGUAAGAAAAUCUCCCUGUGAAAUUCUUUACCAUCACAGAAUCUGAUUCGAUUGCUACCUGGAACAAUUUUGAGGAGGCAAAGAUGCUGCUUUCGCUCGUGAUUUGAUUCGAUUGCUACCUUCAACUUAAACCCUUGAUUAAAAAAACUAGAAUAAAAUCGUGGGUUUUCGUUUUCUCCUUCUCCUUCCUCCCUGCUUUUUCAGUCUCUGAAAAGCUCACUCUCACUCUCCCUCCCCAAACCCUUUCCCUGCUGCUUGCUUCUACUGCCUCACUCAAAAAUGUUGGCAGCUAAAACCCUAAUAAACCCGUCUCCGCCCCUCAAUCUCCCGCCCAAACUCACCCUCCGUCGUCCCAAACCCCCAUUCUCUCUCUCAAUCCGCAACUCGCUCUCUGACUCACAAGCCCCAACCACUCCGGGUCAGCUCCGAGUCGACAUCCUCUCCGAGUCUCUCCCCUUUAUCCAAAAAUUCCGAGGCAAGACCAUCGUAGUCAAGUAUGGCGGCGCCGCCAUGAAAUCAGAGUCCCUCCAGGCCUCCGUGGUCAACGACCUCGUCCUCCUCUCAUGCGUCGGCCUCAGGCCCGUCCUUGUCCACGGCGGUGGGCCCGAGAUCAACCACUGGCUCAAGCGCCUCAACAUCGAGGUCAGCUUCCACGACGGCCUCCGAGUCACCGACGCCGCCACAAUGGAGAUCGUCUCCAUGGUCCUCGCCGGAAAGGUCAACAAAAACCUAGUCUCGCUCAUCGACCGCGCCGGAGUCAAGGCCAUCGGGCUCUGCGGCUUCGACGGGCGCCUCGUCACCGCCCGACCCGCCCCGAACGCGGCUAAGCUCGGGUUCGUCGGGGAGGUUGCUCGGGUGGACCCCACUGUGCUGUGGUCGAUCGUGAACGACGGCCACAUCCCCGUGAUCGCGUCGGUGGCGGCGGACGAGACGGGGCAGCAGUACAACAUCAAUGCGGACACGGUGGCGGGGGAGCUGGCGGCGGCGCUGGGGGCGGAGAAGCUGAUUCUGCUGACGGACGUGGCGGGGAUCUUGAGCGAUCGAAACGACACGUUUAGCUUGGUGAAGGAGAUUGACAUCAAGGGAGUGAAGAAGAUGGUGGAGGAGGGGACAAUUGGUGGGGGUAUGAUACCAAAAGUGAAUUGCUGUGUAAGGUCUUUGGCUCAGGGGGUGAAGACUGCUAGCAUUGUUGAUGGGAGAGUGCCCCAUUCUUUGUUGCUUGAGAUUUUGACUGAUGAAGGAGCUGGGACCAUGAUUAGUGGAUAGUUAAAUGCUAAUUGCUUUGAUUAAGAGUGUAAUUGUUUAUGAAUUUGAGAGAGAAUAUUGAGAGCUCCUUGUCAUCCCAUAAUUUGCAAUAAUUAUCAGCUGCUCUAAAAUUUUACUAUAAAUUUAUGCUUUGGUGA